AUGGGUAUACCAUUGAAGCGUUUACCAACGAGUGAAUGUAAUCUGCGCAAGAGGUCUCUAUGCUUCCCGAAUGAGCUCCCCCCGUCUGAGGCCUCAGGCAGCCUCGACCUUCUCCGAUCACGACGGAUUGACGGAACGACGGAGUUCAUCUCCAUCUCCAUCUCCAUCUCCCACCCGACUCACCUUCCGGCUUUUUCCUUUAACAACUUCGUACUUCUCUCCUCCUGUGAUACGGAUCUCUCCACCUGCUUGGCGAUAAAACUCAUCGCCUGCUUCCCCACCUCUCCCUCAGAGCUUCCGUCUGCCUGCGGGGUCUUCACAGCCAUGGCGGACCGACAAGCAGUUCAGCAAACGCUCAACAGCCAGCUCCUCAAGCUGGAUGAUCCCGAUCCGGAUAUGCGAUACAUGUCCCUGAAUGACCUGCUAGGAGUUCUCAACAACCCCAGUUCAUCAUACUUGGCACAUGACCCAAACUCAUCCACACGCCUCGCCGACGGCCUCCUGAAAGCUUUGGACGACCAACACGGCGACGUCCAAAACCAGGCGCUGAAAUGCCUCGGCCCGCUUGUCGUUCGCCUACCUACCGAGAGCCUUUCCUCGAUCCUUGAGAAACUGUCCAACUUGACAGCCUCGCAGACCAUCGAUACCUCCGUCCCGAACACCGCAUUGAGAACCAUCGUCACGGCCCUCCCCCGCCCCCAGUCCGGUCAAUUGCCUACCCAGGAGGCCUCCAUGGCCUACGCGGCGGUUUCGAAGGUGCUCAUCCCUCGGUUGACCGGCCCGACACAGUCUCGCACAAGUCGACGGGGAUCGGUUGUCAAGAGCAUGCUGGAGAAGGAUCCGUCGAAGGGAUUCAGCAGUGAUGCGAUCGACGUUCUCAUUCAAGUGGUCACCUGCUUCGGGCCGCUACUGAAGGAGGUCGAAUUGACGGCGCUCCAGAAGUCAGUGAUGGCCAUCAUCGAUAAUGACACGGCCGGCACCGUGGUCACGAAAAGGGCGCUGGCAGCCAUUUCCGUCCUCGUCUUGCAUUUCUCCGACAACCAGGUUGGCGCUUUUGUUGACGAGCUGGUCGCGCGCUUCAAUGCCCCGCAACUGAGCAUCGUCCACCGUCGUCACUUGAUCGCCACGGUUGGAAGUAUCACACGGAGCGCCCCGGUGAAGUUCGGUCCUCACCUCCCGACGUUGGUCCCGUAUGUCUUCUCGGCGGUUGGGGAAGAUGAUCUAGAUCAGCCGAUUGACUCUCUCAACACUCAUCCAGUGUAUUCGGUGGCUUAG